AUGUCCAGCAGCGACGGGACCGGCAGAAAGGCACGAAGUUCUGCGGUCUUCCCGCAGACAGUCAUGCCAGGAAAGUUCGACUUGGAUAUCACAAACGUGACGGGACACUGGGACCCUUCGGUGCUGGAAGAAGAGUGGAAAGCCUGGUAUGACUUGCGAAAGCAAGCUGAGUCGCAUUGCAGUCAGCUGCUUCGAGAGGGUUGUGAAGGGGAAGGGGAUGAGGAGAAGGAUGAGGAAGAGGAGUUCGAUGUUGAUGACCAUGAUGAAGACUACUAUCAAUCGUCGAGAUUCCAACUGAAGAUGUUGAAGGACUUACGGAGUGCAUACUGCAACUCACUGAGGCGCGCGGGGCUCGAUGCUGCCAGGGCGGAAGCUGCAGCUAAAGGCCUUUUCCUGCAAAGUGUCCAUGUGAGCGAGGAUGGUGGCGUCCAGCCCCGUACAGUUGAUGUGCAUGUUCGCAUAUUCAGCGCUGUUGGCCAAGCCAAGCUGGUCGAUGUCGAACACGAACAUCAUGCUCGAGCACGUAUGAGUUUUUGUGAAGAGCACGCCUACAUCAAAGCGCAGAUUCAUGCAGUGGAUCCUGAAACUUUGACUUUCCAGGUGGUGGAUGACCUUGCCGGCACAGUGGACGACAUCACACUCUUCAAGAUGGAACGUCAUCCUCGCACCGGCAAGCGCAGCUACUCACUGGCACCGGUCAAGGAGGUCCAAAAGCUCUCCGAAGCGAUUUUGGGUCAGCGUCGCGGGUCCUUUGCUGCCUUCUACAGCUUCUACAUCUUUAUGAUGGCAGCUGGUGCUGACACACGGCCUUUCACUGACAUGGAUUACUGUGAGUUUUGUCCACUGAGCUACCUAAAGUCGAAGUUUCACCACAAGAAGUAG